UGUGCGUGCCCGUGACGUCACUCCCGCUACCUUUACUCCAGUCCGGAGACAGCGGCUGUUUGUGUUUUUCUGAGGACUCAAAGAAAGAUGUCUCGAUCUGCGGACAGACUCCGAAUGGUGAUCAAUCACCUGGACCGAUCAGCUGCUUCCAUCAAAGCGUCUCCAACGUCUGGUCUAACCCUCCCCAGCAACCCCCCUCAGAAGUUCAGGUACUCAUUUGACACAGGCGUGCUGACCCCAGAGCAGCGACGCUUCUAUGAGGAAAAUGGCUUCCUCCUCAUCAGGAACCUGGUGUCUGAGGCGGACAUCGACAGGUUCAGGAAGGAGUUUGAACGGAUCUGUCGGCAGGAAGUAAAGGUCCCGGGCCUGGUGGUGAUGAGGGACGUGGCGAUAUCAAAGUCAGAGUUUGUUCCGGAUCAGAGAGCGGUGUCCAAACUCCAGGACUUCCAGGAAAACCCAGAGUUGUUCCGUUACUGUGCCUUACCACAGAUCCUGAAGUACGUGGAGUGUUUCACUGGGCCCAACAUCAUGGCCAUGCACACCAUGCUGAUCAACAAACCUCCUGAUGCAGGUAAGAAGACAUCUCGCCACCCAAUGCACCAGGAUCUGCAUUAUUUUCCCUUCCGUCCGACCGACCGCAUUGUCUGCGCCUGGACCGCCAUGGAGAAGGUGAACAGGCAGAAUGGCUGUCUGGUCGUCCUGCCGGGGACGCACAAGGGCUACCUGAUGGAGCACGACUACCCGAACUGGGAGGGAGGAGUGAACAAAAUGUACCAUGGAGUGCGGGACUAUGACCCCAACCACCCCAGGAUGUACGUGGAGAUGGAAAAGGGCGACACAGUCUUCUUCCACCCGAUGCUCAUCCACGGCUCCGGCAUGAACCAGACUCAGGGCUUCCGUAAGGCCAUCUCCUGCCACUACGCCAGUGCUGAUUGCUACUACAUCGACGUGAAGGGAACCACACAGGAAAACAUCGAGAACGAGGUGUCGGCGAUCGCGCAGAAGAAAUACGGAAUGAACGAGGUGGCCUUCAAGGAUACCUGGGCCUUCAGGGGUCGCCUGGUGCAGGGAGAGAGGACUUCGCUCUGAGGACACAUCGACUGCUGACACGCAGAAACAGCACAAUAAAAUAUUAAUGAACUAACCUCUUUUUGCUAAAUGCAAGGUAAAGGGAUUUAAUUCUAAAAACUGAUUGUAAUUAAGUACAGAUAACUACAUGUAAAUGAGGAGAGAUUGCGUGUGUGUUUGUUAGAGGGAGGAGACUGCAGCACUUUACGCCAAGAGGCCUUGAUCUUCCAGAACCGUUUUAGUCAAUGUUUUCAUGAUAAAGUGGAUUAAUCUUGAUGCUUCUUUGGAAAAUGAAAUAAUUUAGAGUGGUUGAUUAUAAACUUAUUGAGUCGUAUCGGUUGUUUUUUUUUUAUGUCUACCAAUAAAACACAUUUUCCUUUUUCUUUACCAUCAAAAUAAAAUCCACAGCAUUAUAAAAUCUGACACUUAACAGUUUGAUUUAACCAUCCUGUUUAAUAAAGUAAGAAAGUGUUUCUGAUUCGCUGGUUUCUUGUUGAAACAAUAAAGCUAAUGGAGUGUGA